CCACGCCUGCGCAGUAACGGGGAAAUCACCAGGAGGUAAGGAGUGGCAUAUCAUCAACAAACUUAUUUGAAAGUCCUAAGGCGUUAAUUUGUUGGCAAAUGUAAGGAAUUAUUUAUAUACAAUUCUAGUAUGAAAAUGCAUUUAAAAAAGCGCUGUAAGAGAGGUGUAAUAGCCAUUCAAUCACAUUUGUAGGAGCUUUCAGACUCCGCGUGGCUCUCUGCCUACAAAAUUCAUCGAGAAGGAAUCGGUUACGCUUUAAAAGAACAGAUGACUACACAUUCUCACAACAAUACUUCCAGUUCGCUAAACGCAACUAGUUUGGAGAAACUGAGCAUGUGUCGAGUAAACUUCGAUCUGGCAGAAAAGAUUUGUUACACCUUUCUCUCUCUCGCAUGUGGUAUUCUUGCAGUUGGAGGGAACUUGGCCUUACUUGUAGCUCUCAACCGCACGUCAAUGGUUGGCCCCCGUGUCAAUGACUAUUUCAUUGGUUCACUUGCAUUCGCUGACUUCAUGAUCGGUCUUACCCUGACACCGCUGUAUGCUUGCUACGUCCUGGUUUCUGUUGAUUUGUGGGUUGUAAAGCUCGAAUCCUUUCUUUGGAUCGUGACAGUUACAGCCACCACGUACAGCUUGAUCGCAGUAAGUAUCGACAGGCUGAUUUCAGUCGUAUAUCCUCUACGUUAUCAUCAAUUGAUGACUGACAAACGUUGCCGUCUCGCCAUCGUCUUGAUUUGGUUUGGAUCCCUUAUUUUUGGAUUUCCAAGGCUUGUUAUUGAUGACUAUAAAAAGUUAGAAAGGCUCUGGAUCUCUUGUUCUGUUACCACAGUAGCUAUUCCUUUGAUAAUAUUGUGCUUGUGCUACGGUAAAAUCUUUUGUGUUGUACACAAACAGAAUCGAGCUUUAGCCCCCUCCAGGUUGUCGACAGCAGGUGUUAGAAAUAAGAAGGCCGUUAAGACAAUUGGAAUAAUUGUCAGUAUGUUUAUCGUAACAUUUACUCCAAGCGCUGUUGUGUAUUUUUUGCUUUUAUUCGAAAGUGAUUUUUGCCAGCAGAUGAUACUGAAUCAUGCGUGGAUUUGGGUGGCAUUUGUAUCAUUCACCCAUUCUGCAUUCAAUCCUUGGGUUUAUGGACUUCGAUAUGAAGAAAUGCGAAACUCUUUAAGGCACUCUUUCGUGAAUAGUCACAUUUAGCUAACAAUCAUGGACUACAGUUCUGUUUGUUUUUGUAUGCAAAUAGAUUAUAAAGUAAUUAUAAUGAUUGUUGUGUUGCAUCGCCAAA